UACUGAUCAGUCCCCAAACGAAAUCAGAAACAGAAACCGAAACGGAAAAAAAAAACAAUUCCCGCCAAGCUCAACAAACUUAUCAAGCGUUUUCUCUCUCUAGAAAUUCCCACCAACAAACCAACUCGUAGCUCAUUCUCCAUUUCUCGCUGGAAAAAACACAAUCUCGGUGGUGAAAGGUUACAGUGAGAAGAAGAAUCGGAAAUGGCGGCGGAAGGAGGUUCCGAUCAAUUCAUCGACAUCGUUAAGCUCUCUCCUCCGGCAAAGUUCCCGGCGGCAUUCCCCCAGGACCUCAAGGUGGCUCCCUCCUUGAAGCGCCGCCGCUCUGGCGGUGACACGUGGGUGGUGUCAGUGUUCGUGAUAAUCCACGUGGGCGUCUUCAUCGCAACGGCGACUGCGCCCUAAAAACCCUCGGAAGGUUCUCCUUCCAGCCUCUCUCUGAGAAUCCUCUCUUAGGCCCUUCUCAGUCCAAAUUAGAGGAAAUGGGAGCGCUUGGGCGGAAUUUCUUGACAGAGUAUCACCAAACUUGGCGUCUUUUCACCUCUCCAUUUCUUCAUGCUGGGCUCUUCCACCUCCUCCUCAAUCUCUGCAGUAUCAUCUUCAUCGGAAUUCACCUAGAGCACGAGCUUGGACCGUCAUUUUCCUCCAUGGUGGACAGGAAGAACGAAGAGAUGUCCACUUCCGAGCUAUCUGGUGGGGCAAGGAUUCACUAUAUUUUCCAAUCCAUCUUUGUGAAUAAUUUAGAGCAAGCUGUGACAAUGCAACAGAUGCAAUUCCAGCAAGCUCUGCUUAUGCAACAAACCAUGACUGCACAGCAAGCUGCCAAUAAAGCCGCCACCAUGAAGUCUGCAACAGAGUUAGCGGCAGCCCAAGCUGCUGAAAUAAGUAAGAAACUGAAAGCUGAUGGACCUGAAAUUGAAAGGAAAGAAACAAAACAGAAAUUCAGUUAAACAACUUGAAGUUCGACCUUGCAUUCUUAAGCAGAGGAGUAAGACAACUAGGAAAAGCAAUAAUCAGGAGUAAUCUGCAGGAUUAUUAUUACGGUGAAGAACUCGGUUAUGAAGCUUGGAGACAAUUUGACUCGGUUAUGAAGCUUGGAGACAAUUCAAAUUGUCAGGAUACGAGAAUGAGGCAUGGCUCUUACAUGGAGAGUGAAACAAAAAUACUGGAAUUUGUGGUUCCUAGUCCAUGGAAUUGGUUCACAAAAAUUGUUCAAUGUUGUUGAGUGUUUGCUUUCCCAAGCUGUGUGUUCGAAGCACUGUGUUAUUUUUGUUUUUUAUUUUAUCUGAUAAAUAAUGGGCACUUAUGCUCCCAAAUCCUGAUCUGUUGAUUUCACAAUGAAUCCUGAAUCCUAAAGAAUAUAAUAUUUACUAGAAAACAUUAUAAAGUAUAA